ACGGCGCAGGAACCCGACGGGGAGGAAAAGCCCCGGAGAUCCCGCACGAGGAGGGGCUGCAAAGGCAGAUCGCGGGGAUCUGAGGGGGAAAGAGCCACCCUGGGCCGGGGAGGCGGCCGGAGACGGAGCCAGAGCUCGGAGCUGGGGGACCCUGAGCAGCUCCGUGAUGGGGAGAAGCCCCACAAGUGCUCGGAGUGUGGGAAGGGCUUCAGGUGGAGCUCCCACCUCAUCAGGCACCAGAGGAUCCACACUGGGGAGAGGCCCUAUGAGUGUUCCAAGUGUGGGAAGAUGUUUCACACCAAGUCCUGUCUCCUCCGGCACUAUCCAGUUCACAGAGAGGAGAGGCCCUUCUGCUGCCCCGACUGCGGAAAGGGAUUCAGGGGCAACUCCGGCCUUAUCCAGCACCGGCGCAUCCACACUGGGGAGAGGCCCUACGAGUGUGGGGAGUGUGGGAAGAGCUUCAGCCGGAGCUCCCAACUCCUCGCACACCAGAGGACCCACACCGGGGAGAGGCCCUACGAGUGUUCUGAGUGUGGGAAGAGCUUCAUCUGCAGCUCCAGCCUGAUCCAGCACCAGAGGAUUCACACAGGGGAGAGGCCCUACGAGUGUUCCGAGUGUGGGAAGAGGUUUCAGACCAGAGCCAAUCUCUUCCAGCACUAUCUGGUUCACAGAGAGGAGAGGCCCUUCUGCUGCCCCGACUGUGGGAAGGGAUUCAGGCACAACUGUGCCCUCAUCUCACACCGGCGCAUCCACACAGGGGAGAGGCCCUACGAGUGUGGGGAGUGUGGGAAGAGCUUCACCCAGAGCUCCAGCGUGAUCCAGCACCAGAGGAUCCACACGGGGGAGAGGCCCUACGAGUGUCCCCAGUGUGGGAAGAGAUUCUCACGGAGCUCCCACCUGACCCGACACCAGCAGAGGCACCAGUAAGGGAAGCCCUGCGAGUGCCCCGAGUGCGAGAAGAGCUAAACUCCAUCCCCCAUGGGAGGAGCCACACUGGGCACAGCCCUGGUGACCCACAUUCCUUGUGAUCCAUGUUGGGAACUGUCCUAGGGUGACAUUAUGAUGCUGGUAUCCCCA